GCUGAAUCAAGGAAAUAUGAAACAGGAGUUCAAUAAUGAGCCAGGUUCUGCCACUCACACCGUCAAUGCUGAAUCCCCGUUUCCAAUUUUCCGUCCACUGAACCAAAACCAGACAUCUCAAAACGGUUCCGGUGAAAACCAAUCUGAAGUAACACCACUGAAACAUCCAGACAGCCCCGUAUUACCUCAUAACAAUAUUGAAUCUUCAAACUCAGGUUUAGUUAGCCAAAUUUCCAAUGAAAACAACCAUCUUAUGAUAGACGAACCGAUUGUAUCACCAGAACAUGCGGUCAACAUUGAAGCUCCUAGGCCUGUAGUAGAUAAUAUUGCUUCGAUUAGAAGCAAUAUGCAAAUAAUUAGCAAUGCUAUAAUAAAUAUAGUAACCAAUGAUCAUAUGGAGAAUGAUAAUAAUAAUGGGCCGAUAUCUGAAUUGGAUAUUCAGAAUAUAGCCAACAACAAUGCUGAAGGUUAUAUUCAGAAUCAGAAUGAACUUUUUCUUAACCAGAAUCUUAACGUGGUUUCAGAAAACUACCAGAAUGCUGGUAGUGCUUUUAUCAAUUUUAAUCAGAACUUUGUUGACCUAUCAAGUGUUCCUAGUACUUCAGGUGCAACAAAUCAGAUCAGUAAUGAUGAUCAAACAACGAAAUCAUUUGGAGAUUCUUCAAACGCCGGUGUUGUCCAAUCUGUAAUCAAUCUCCGAAUGAUAGGUUUUCGGAAAUGCAGGUGCAGGAGACGAUGUCAAUGAGGCGUUGAGGUGUCUAGAAAGUGUUUUGAGCGGGGAAAGUGACUGUGAUUCUGGAAGUUGUUCGUCGCUGGCCGAGGUGCAACUGGAGUUUAACAAUGAUCAUUUUAAAAGUUUGGAAAAACUGGAUCAGUCUAAUGAUGAUAAAAACUGUGAUAAUGAAAAUGUGGUAACGAAACAAAAACCUGAAAGUGAUAAUAUUGCCGUACUAAAAAGUAAUGAUCUUCCA